AUGCCACCUCUUGGAUUAUCGGGCGCCGCGGGUCUGUUCCUAUUCCGGAACUUGGCUAGCGACAUUCAAUACAUGUUGCUUCGCACUUCGUACACUCCAGAUAAAUACUGGACGCCUCCGAAAGGGUACAUCGUACAAGGAGAUGAUCCCGUCAAAAUAGCAAUGGAGGCUACUCAACGUGCUACCGGAUACACAACGGAAGACAUUGACGUGUACCAUAAGUACAGGCGCUGUGUGAAAUACAGCGUCAAUGGCCAUGACAAGGAAAUCAUGUUCUACUUGGCACAGUUAACUAAUAAGACAAAGGCACCGGUCUUGACAAAGGGAUACGACUGCGUAGUAUGGGCCGAAACGAACAGAGCGUGUUCAUUGUUAAGAUUCAGAGAUAUGAAAAAACUCACCCAAGAUAUGACCAGGAUUAUCGUUGAAAACGAAAUGUAA